GAAAAAUACUGCAACCAAAGGAAGAAUGUAAAAUUGGGUGCAAUAUUUUAAAGAGAAUUAAUGAAAACAUUACCAGCAAUGUUACCGGCGGACUAUUCCUCACCAUCCACACAAAGUUGCUCGUCAUUCACAGCUCAGAUUCUAAAUCGAAGUAGUGAACUGACCUUGAGGCCCAACUAAACGGCGCCUCCACCGUGAGCAUGACUGUACCCGAGGGUGACUCCGAGAAAGGCAAAAAGCUAUUUGUGCAGAGGUGUGCACAAUGCCAUACGGUCGAAAAAGGUGGGUCGCACAAGACUGGGCCAAAUCUCAAUGGCCUUUUCGGCCGAAAGACCGGUCAGGCUCCUGGAUACAGCUAUACUGCGGCGAAUAAGGAUAAAGGUAUUACAUGGACUGAGGAGACUCUCUUCGAAUACCUUGAGAACCCCAAGAAGUACAUACCUGGCACCAAAAUGGUCUUUGCCGGACUGAAGAAGGCUGAAGACCGGGCUCAUCUGAUUGCCUACCUUAAAGAGUCUACCAAGUAGAUAUAGCUACCUUUUUCUCAGUAUCGAAACAUCCAUCAGUGGUGGAGUCGGACCUGUGCUCGGUUUUAUCUGUUGGCUUUGUAUCUAUGCUGCCCCUCGCCCUCUGAGUUGCAAUUGAUACUACCGUGGGUGGUACAUUUUUUCGAGUACAGUUUCCACUGUAUAGUGAUAUUAGAUUACUUUUUGAACACAAUACCUGUGUUUUGUACUGAAAUUCUUCAGUUUCUUGGUGGGCGUCUGAAAUAUUUUGCGGUGGUUAUGAAAGUUUCCCAAUUUUGUGUUUCGAACAUCUGAUGUGUCCGACGCUUCUGACCGCAGUUACCAGUCCUUUGUUCCGUC